AUGUUCCUCAAGACCCUGGCUGGCUGGGCUGCAUUGCUCUCGGCUGCCAAUGCCGCAUUUCCAGUUGUCGACACUGCUCAAGGCAAAGUGAGAGGUACUGCGUCAGAGUAUCGGUCCAAUGUCACCGUAUACAAAGGUAUCCCCUUCGCUGCCCCGCCCACCGGGGGAUUGCGGUUCAAGCCUCCUACCUCACCAAAAAGCCACGAUGGAGUCCUGGACGCAACCAAGUUUGGUCCCCAGUGUAUGCAGACGUCCAGUGGUUCUGCGAGCAUUUUCUACACUGGUAGCGACCAGAUGAGUGAGGACUGCUUGUACCUCAACAUCUGGACACCCACCUACGAUGAUGAUGAAGACCUCAAGUCUAAGAACCUGCCAGUUUACUUCUGGAUCUAUGGUGGCCGUUAUGAAAUGGGCUCUGGUGAUGUGAAGACUUACGAUGGAUCCGGUCUUGCGAUCAAGGAUGUCAUCGUCGUCACCGUCAACUACCGUGUCGGUGCCUUUGGCUACUUUGCCCACCCCGAACUCUCAGCCGAGUCUGCUCAUAAUAGCUCGGGUAACUAUGGUACUCUUGAUCAAAUUGCUGGCCUAAAGUGGGUUCAUGAGAACAUUGCCAACUUCGGUGGUAACCCGAACCAGAUCGUCACUGGUGGACAGUCCGCUGGCUCGGCCAGUUCUCUGAUCAUGGCCUACAGCCCUCUGUCUCGCAAGUACGUUGCGGGAGCCGUCUCUGAGAGUGGUGCCCUGUCCCCUCACGACCCCAACACCGCCAGUAUCGCUGUCAGCUACCGCCAGAAGGCCGAGGCCGAGAACUUCGGCGUGAAGCUCUUCAAGCAGCUCAAUGUCACCACCCCGGCCCAGCUGCGCAACCUUUCCGCGGAGGUCCUUAACAACCUGGACUCCGAAAACGAGGAUCUGCUCGCCGGAACUCAGUUCGAGAAUCUGGACAUGGAGCCCCCAGAGUGGCGCCCCGUCAUUGAUGGCUGGGUUCUCAAGCAGAAGUACGGCCAGCUGCUGCGGGACAACGACCAUGCCGAUGUUCCCAUCAUGACCGGCUUCAACAAGGAUGAGGGUAUCUCGGACUACAAUACCACCGAAUACAAGACUCUUUACGCACAGGUGUUCCAAAACUUCUCCUCUGAGUUCUUCAAGCUCUACCCUGGUGGUAGCGACGCCCAAGCGACUAACAGCUCCAACACCUGGAAGCGCGAUAUGUCUCGUGUCACUAGCUGGAAGUAUGCCGCAGACUGGGUUGCUGGUGGUGCCGGCACUAACGUGUACACCUACUUCUUCACUCGUGCUCCUCAGGAGGAUCACUCUGGUGGUGCUUACCACGGUGCAGAGCUGUGGUACACUUUCAACAACAUUCCUUACGCGGACUACACUGCCAACCUGACCUGGCCGGCAAAGGACUACGCUAUUGCUGACCGUAUGUCUGACUACUGGGUCAACUUCAUUCGGUCUGGUAACCCCAACGGAGAUGGACUGCCCAAGUGGGAGCCUUCGACCCAGGAGGCCAAGAAGAUCAUGUACCUUGGCAACACCUGGGGCAUGGAGAGCAUCGCCCCUAAUGCCGUCGUCGAAUUCCUGAUGGAUUGGUUCAGCACUCUGUACGAGUGGUGA